AUGGGACGCCUGCGCCAGACCGCGAAGGACGUGGCGGCUUAUGCGCGCCAAAGGAAAAGGAAGCUCAUGAUUGCAGCCGCGGGUUAUGUGUUGGUGGUUUCAAUUGGUCUCUGCUUCUUCAAUGCCCUCUUCGGUGGCUGCUACCUGGCAAUUUGGGUUUACGGUGUGGGCCGUUUCGUCGUGAAGGAGGAGAGCCCCUGGCCUUGGCCCUGUCGCUUUUUUGUGGCCGUCAUGAUCUUGUUGAGCACGGUCUUUGUAGCGCUCAUGCCCUGGCUUUUCUUCGGCGGGGAGGAGGGGUGCCGCGAGUUUGACCCGGCGAUGCCGACCCGCUUCGGGAUGCGUUUUGAGGAGUUCUGGAUCCAAACUUGGAUCUUCAGCGUUGUGAAUGCUGUACUCGCCGUGAUUGCGAUUUGGAUGUCUCUGGCCGAUCAUCCGCCUUCGAAAUACAUCCGCGAAUCCAUAAGAUGCACGAUCAGCAUCUUCUUGGCCGUCCUCCUGAAGACCGCGGGUGUUGUGUUCGAUGCGUGUCAGGGGGCCGAUCUGGACAAUGACGGCCUGCGAGACUAUGCAUACAACAACUUCCCUGUUCCCAUGAUGGUCUCUUCGUACGGGACAUCGGCUGGUAUGCUGAGCGCCGUGUGGUGUAUGCAGUUUGUCGUCGACCGUCUGCUUGCCCUCGAGAGGUCUUGGGGCGAACCCUUACCGGGCACCCGGUCGAUCAUUUGGCUGUCCCGAUUGAUGAUGAUCAUGCUCAGUGUCCUUGCGAUUACGUACUAUUACCCCAUCCCCACGCUCAUUUUCUCAUCCAUUUGGGCUUUGGAGAUCAUCGUGUUUACGGUGCUCAUCUGGCGGGCAUAUUCCCCUCCGGUUCGUGCGCUGCGGACAGCAGCGGGGCUGAAUGCCAGUGACGGAGUCAAUGCCCAGCUGGACAAAGAAGUGGCCUUCGCUCUGAAGGUCAUUGGGCGUGCUCGUGCAGGAACUGUGGUUGCUGGCGUCUCGAUGUCGUGGCACAUAAUCACUUGGGGCACCAUGUGGGUGGCGGUGACGAAGGAGUUUUAUGACGCGUACAUGUACUCGGCUGUGGCCGACACCUUCGGCAACGUAUUUUGUGUGGUGAUUCUCUCUGCCGCGUCCCUGAGUCUCCCUUCUUGUCUGCUUUGCAAAUCCUCCAAGGCUUCAACUGGAGAGCCAAGGAGGGGCCGCAACGAGCAUGUGACGGAUCGUCCGGCAGAAGUUGACCAGGGUGCGUGGGACAGGAAGGUCGCGGAAUUGGCCAGCCGACGAAUCACGCUUGGUCAACUGCUUGACUUCCACGCUCGCUUGGGUUCCGACUUGAUGCCGCAUUUCGACCCCAGGAGGUCCACCACCAAUGACGUCGUGCGCCACGCAGUGAUCCCCGAGUCUCGCGUUGGAGAGCUGGGCAAGUCCCUGGCAGAAGUGCUGCCGAAGAAGCCCCGCAAGCAUCCGAAGCCGCCGCGGAUGGUCACGCAUCACUGGGCCAACCGCUUCAGUGACCUGGUGGCCGUGGUCGUCGCCAACGGCCUGGGGUCAAAGCGCUGGGAUUCGAUUGCGGAGUCGCUCAGGAACCACGACGAGAAGUCUCUCAAGGAGCAGCUCGAAGAUAAAGUGGACUUGGAGUACUGGCUUUGCGCCAUAUGCAUCAACCAGCACGCCAGUAUUUGUGGUAAUUCCAUGGGCGUCGCAGACACUGUCACCAAAGAAGUGCUGCCUUCGUGCAACUGCAGCACUCCGAAAUUCUUCAACGAGCAUCCAGGUGAGUGCGAGCUCAACAAAUUCGACGACAUGAUGGCACAUCUUCAUCGCCAGUACUCAGGCUUUCUUCAAGUCGUAGCCGUGGACAGGGACUUCAACUUGUUCACGCGUGCAUGGUGCGUCGCGGAGCUCGCAGAGGCCCAUGCGUCGAACUUGGAGCAGCACGUCGUCAUUCACUCGCCGCAAGUGCUCGAAGAACACUCCGGCAACCUUAGUCAUCUGAAGGUCCAGGAGUGCAAUGCAUCUCGGGCUGCAGACAAGGAGGCCAUCCUUCAGAAGAUCGGCACCGAAGACGACAUCGAGGAGUUCAACCAGGACUUACAGCAGCUUCUCGUGGGGGACGGAGGGCUUCUGGCUGGCUGGCUCGACGGCCAGGCGCUCUUGCAGGAGGUCGGCGAAAUUGCGGCGCGAGCCAAGGCAAGGAUGCAGAAGAAGGAAGCGACGAAAGUGGCGAAGGAUCUACAUGAAGCAGCGACAGCCAUCGACCCAAUGCACACGGCUUCUUUUUGA